GGAGAGCAUUGGGACUUAAUGGUUGCGUGCAGGUGAUUAUCUUCCUGGAUGCUUGUGUCAGGUCAGACAAAAACUGGUUUUACAACUCUCUGGCCAGGACUGGAAGGCGCGAGAGGAGCGAGGCUUUGUCCUCUAGCAAUCGGUUUUGAAGUCUACGAGGACCCCGUGUGGUUGGUUGCAGGCCUGGGAAGAAUAGAGUCCAUGGACCCAACUGCCCAGCAAAAUCAGACUGCAGUAGCUCUGCAAGGUGGCCAGGCACAGGGUGGCGUGGCCUUUAGUGACGUGGCUGUCUACUUCUUGAGGGAGGAAUGGAGACUACUUGAUGACUCUCAGAGGCAUCUGUACCACCAGGUGAUGAUGGAGGUCUUUGUUCUCAUAGCCUCAUCAGGACUUAUACCUUCUGGGACUGACAUCACUCAGCUGGGGACAUCAGGAGAUCGCUUCAUCCCUGCCCUGAGAUUUUUGACUCCAAGAGUGGAGCUUGCAAAGAUACCUUGUGAGCAGACCCUUUCGACGACAGAUGGAGGGCUUAACAUGACCAUGCAUCAGCAGCAGCCGCUGAGUGGUGCUGAGAAACCCUUACAAAGAGCAGAGUGCAGAAUUCCAGUUACGAAGAGAAACAGAAGUGACCCAUCAGAGAAGACUUUACAAAGUACAGACAAUACAAUGGACCGCCAUGCUCUCUCUGGGCUUCUCAGGCAUCAUGUGACUCACAGUGAUGUGGACCGACCCAGGAGUACCAAGAGAGGAAAGGCCACUCCCAGUGAGAAGAGGAACUGCAAAUGCUGCGACUGUGGCAAAUCCUUCGAUUGUAAGUCGCUGCUUAUUCGACACCGGAGGAUACACACUGGAGAAAAGCCUUUCAAGUGUAGCCAAUGUGAGAAGUCCUUCAUCCAAAAGGCUGAUCUGAAUCAACACUUGAAAGUUCACACUGGAGAAAAGCCCUUUAGAUGCAACGAGUGUGGGAAAGAUUUCAAACACAACCGCUCCCUAGUCGGGCAUCAAAGACUUCACACUGGAGAGAAACCUUAUAAAUGCAACCAGUGUGGGGAAUCGUACAUGAACAGGUCCAGCCUCAUACGUCAUUAUCUAGUUCAUACUGGAGAAAAGCCUUACAAAUGCGACGAAUGUGGAAAAUUAUUUAAGGAGAAAUCCAGCCUCGUUUACCAUGCCCGAGUGCACACUGGAGAAAGGCCUUUUGAGUGCAGUCAGUGUAGGAAGCGUUUUAAAAAAAACUCACACCUUGUGAAGCACCAAAAAGUUCACAGCAGGGGAAAACCCUUUAAGUGUAAUGUGUGUGGGAGAUUCUUUACCAUGAGGUACAGCCUCUUCAAACAUCAGAGAUUUCACACUGCAGCAAAGCAUCACGCGUGCAAAGAAUGUGGGAAAGUGUUUUGCUACAGGACUGGACUUUCUAGACACCGAAAGAUUCACGCUGAAAAAAGUAUUGAGUGUAAUGAACAUGGGAAGUAGUUCCUAUGAUCUACCCUAUCUACACAAGAGGACGUUCAAUGGGCAAAAGUCAAGAGUGCUUCAAAUGUGGAGAACCUUCACCCACAUGUCCAUCCUGUUUAACCUAAGAGGCCAGAGUGCUGGGAUGCAUCCUGAACCCACAGAUGCUGGGAAAGCCUUAGAGCAAAGUCUGCUCUUAUUAGCAACACAGACACAACCCAGAUAGAUUUGUGAAUGCAGAGAAAGUAGAGAGAGCUUCAGCCAUUGACCAAGCUUGUUGAGCCUUAGGAGUGAACAUGACUUUGAGCAGAGAAGUUCUGAGAGUGGCCUUUGUGAGGAAGCCAGUCAUUGAAAAUUACUCAUCAAAGAACACAGAGGCAAGAUGAGAGUUAUUGCCAUCUUCUUGUUCCUAAGAAGUUAAUGCUUUCUGGGGACUUAGCAAGAGGAAGCCGUGUUCUUGACAGUAGGGGAUGAAGUCUCAAUGUUACUGAGUUUGAAUGGGAGAGGAAGAGAGUGAUCUCGGUUUAAAUAAGACAUAUAUUUGUUGUUGCUGCUACUGUUGUUUGUGUGCUUGCUUGCUUUGUUUAUUUCUCACUGAAUAUUGCAGUCCCUGGGAUAAAUGAUCAUUUACUGUAAAGUCUUCAUGACUA